AUGACAAAGAAGAAUUUUAAUGAUGAAGAAAAUGAAUCAUUAUUAGAAACAUAUAAUAAACAACAACAAAAACAAUCAAUAUCAACUACAAAUCGUAGUGACCAAAAAUUUGGAAUUAAUAAUGCAAAUAAACAAUUCUCUUUAAAUAAUAAGAAAUCAAUAAAUGGUGAAGAGAUUGAUGAAGAGGAAUUAAUUGAAGAUACAAUUUUCUUUAAAUUUAAAUUGGAUAGUAAACAAAGGAAUUCAAUUAAAUUAUUUAUCCAAAUUGUAUCAUUAGUAAUAUUAGCUGGUUAUUUAAUAUCAAUAAAUGCAUUAUAUUUCAGUACAAAUGCAAGAAGCAUUAUUUUUUAUCCAUCAAUUAAUAGUAAUACUACUGAUAGUGGUAGUGUGAGUCCAACCUCAACACCAUCCCCAACACCAACACCAACACCAUCACCAACAUCACUACUACUACAAACAUUAACAUCAACAACAACAUCAUAUGAUUCAUCAGAAAUUGAAGCAUUAAAUGGUGGUACAUUUAAUAUGAAAUACUUUUUUUAUUUUUCAACAUUUGAUAUAUUAUUAAUAUCAUAUUUUAUAUCAUUAUUUUGGUUGUUAUUAAUAUUCUCUGAUAGUUUUAUUUAUCAUACUAUUAGUUAUAUUAUAACAAUUAUUGCAUUAAUUUAUAAUGUUAUUAAAUCAUAUUUUACAAUUACACAAAUUUUAUCAAUUAAUAAUAAUAUUAUAACAACAUCAUCAUCAUCUAAUGAAAUUUAUAAUGGUAGUGAUAGUUAUUUACCAAAUGAAAGUCCAUUAUUUGAUUCAUUAAAAGUUAGAGAAAUUAUAAUUGUAAUUGUUUUAGUUGGUAUACCAUUGAUGGUAUUAUUUUUAGUAUUACAUAUAAUAACAUUACAAUUAAGUUUUAAAAAGUAUAAAAGAUUAUCAGAUAAAGAGAAACAAUUUUAUAAUCAAUCAAAUGAAGAGAAAAGAUUAAAUAAAAAAGUUGAGGUUAAACAUUCAAAUCUAAAGAGACUAAUUCAAUUAUCAAGACCAGAGUUACCAAUUAUUUUAGCAGCAAUGGUUGCUUUGGUAUUUAGUUCAUUGACAUCAUUGGCUAUGCCUUACUUUUUCGGUUCAAUUGUUCAAGUCGUUGCAACCACUCAUAGUUUUAAUAAUUUAAAUUCAAGUACAUUGGCAUUGGUCGUUAUUUUCGUAAUUGGUUCAAUUUCAACAUUGGUUAGAAGUUGGUUAUUCUAUUUAGCUGGUCAAAAAUUUGUUGCACGUAUUCGUAGAAAUUUAUUCUCAUCAAUUGUUAAUCAAGAGAUUGGUUAUUUCGAUCAAUGUAGAACUGGUGAGCUAUUAAGUAGAUUAUCAAGUGAUUCACAAGUGAUUCAAAAUUCAGUCACUGUUAAUAUCUCAAUGUUAUUUAGAUAUACAAUUCAAAUUAUUGGUUCCGUUAUUUUAUUAUUCAUUACCAAUUGGAGAUUAACAUUAUUAAUGUUAGGUAUUGUACCUGUACUUGCAAUAUCAACCGUUGUAUAUGGUAAGAAAAUUAAACAAUUGGGUAAACAAUUUCAAGAUGAAUUAGCAAAAUCAUCAACCACUGGUGAAGAGGUAAUUUCAAAUAUAAGAACAGUACGUUCAUUUUCAAAGGAACAAAAAUUCAUUGACCUCUAUUCAAAAGAUAUUAAUGGUAGUUAUUUAAUUGGUAAAUCAUUGGCUGUUGCAACCGGUGUAUUCAGUGGUAUUGUAUUUUUAGUAGCACAAUUGGCAAUUGUAUUAAUCGUUUAUGUUGGUGCUAGACAGGUUUUAGAUGGUACAUUAUCAACUGGUGAUUUAACUUCAUUCCUUUUGUAUACACUUUCAUUGGCAAUGAGUUUGGCUUUCAUUAGUAGUUUAAUGACUGAUUUCUUAAAGGCAAUCGGUUCAUCGGAUCGUAUAUUUGAAAUUUUCGAUAGAGUACCAGCUAUCAAUGUUUCAGGUGGUAAACAAAUUCAAAAUCCAUUGGGUGAAAUUGAAUUGAAAGAUGUGGAAUUCUCUUAUCCAACUAGACCAAAUAAUAGUGUUUUAAAGGGUUUAAAUUUGAAAUUAUCAAAAGGUACAAUCACAGCUUUGGUAGGUCCAUCUGGUGGUGGUAAGUCAACUGUAAUUGCAAUGAUUGAAAGAUUUUAUGAUCCAAAUUCAGGUUCAAUCACAUUCGAUGGUAUUGAUAUCAAAGAGUUGGAUCCAGUUUGGUAUCGUGGUAUCAUUGGUUAUGUAUCACAAGAACCUGUAUUAUUCGCUGGUUCAAUCAAAGAUAAUAUCACUUUUGGUAAUGAUAGUGCAACAAUGGAUCAAAUUAUUUCGGCUGCAGAGAAAGCAAAUGCUCAUUCAUUCAUUGAAGAGUUUGAAAAUGGUUAUGAUACUAUAGUUGGUGAAAGAGGUGUUCGUUUAUCUGGUGGUCAAAAACAACGUGUUGCAAUAGCUCGUGCUAUGAUUCAAAAUCCAAUGAUCCUCUUAUUAGAUGAAGCUACCUCUGCUCUUGAUGCUGAAAGUGAAUAUUUAGUUAAACAAGCAAUCGAUGAAAUUAUGAAAGAUCGUACUGUCAUUGUAAUUGCUCAUCGUUUAUCAACUGUAAUAAAUGCAAAUACUGUAGUUGUAAUUAAUCAAGGUAAAAUUGAAGAAAUGGGUACUCAUAAAGAAUUAUUAAAUAAUACUGAUGGAAUUUAUCAUAAUUUAGUAAAAAGACAAUUAUCUUCUGAUGAUUAA